GGGUCCAAGGAGGAGGGACCCGAUAGAGGAGAGAGAAAUUAGUGUCUUUGUUCCCUCAGGAAGACCCCAACCGUGGUGUUCUGGCAGUGGGUGAAUCAGUCCUUCAAUGCCAUCGUCAACUACUCCAACCGCAGCGGCGAUGCUCCCAUCACUAUGGGGCAGCUGGGAACAGCUUACGUGAGUGCCACCACCGGGGCUGUGGCCACGGCCCUGGGACUCAAAUCCCUCACCAAGCACCUGCCCCCCCUGAUUGGCAGAUUUGUGCCCUUUGCAGCUGUGGCAGCUGCAAAUUGCAUCAACAUCCCUCUGAUGAGGCAGAGGGAGCUGCAGGUGGGCAUCCCAGUGACUGAUGAGGCAGGCCAGAAGCUUGGCCAGUCAGCGACUGCAGCCAAACAGGGAAUAUUCCAGGUGGUGAUAUCGAGAAUCGGCAUGGCGAUUCCUGCCAUGGCCAUUCCCCCUGUGAUCAUGAACACUUUGGAGAAGAAAGACUUCCUGAAGGUAGGUCACUUUCACCUCUCCUGACCUGGAAGUAGUGGU